AUGAUUGAAUUUCUUCUGGACAACGGAGCGGAUCCCCUCCAACCAGACAAAAAUGGAGAUACUGCCCUCCACCACCUUGUCAACUUCGACUACAAAUAUACCAAGGAUCUACUCGAGAGAUUCGUCAGGGCAGGCGUCGACAUCAAUGCGCGAAAUAAAAUCGGAGAGACGCCAUUGUUCAACCUCCUGAAGUGGCACAAUGGAGACUUGUAUGGCUCCGUAGAAGACCAGACGUACAAAGGCGCUGAUUUCGAGUACUUCCUGGAAUGCGGUGCAGAUGUUUCUGCCCGAAGUAAUGACGGAUCUACCCUGCUCCAUCUCCUUGCUGGGGUUAAGAUAGAACUCAGACAUUCAUUUCAAUACAUGUAUCCGGAUUCUGGGCGCGUGGGAGUGGCACGGUUCAAGCGGUUGAUAGACAUGGGGUUGGAUCCGAUGGCUGAGGAUGAAAGACAGAGGACUAGUAUUGAUAUUGCGGCUGCGUGGGGACUGUUGACUCUUUUCCUCCCCGGGUUCUACAGCACCAUCGAUUUGUUCGUCGGGUACAUCUUAUCCGGCAAGUUCACAGAAUCUUAA